UAUCUCCCCGCCCCCCCUCUCCCCUUCCCCGUCACCUUCGACACCACUGCUAUCAGCAACAAUAAUACAAUCACCUCUACUAGAACCACCACCCCUACGACAAAUACCACUACCUUCACCACCAUAAACAUUCAUACCACAAUUUUCCAUCAGGCCUCACCAAUUAAGCUAUUCUGGUAUUCCUGGAUAUUUUGUCAUUAAACCUUUGAACUACAUUAACCCAGAUAUUCGGCUACUGGAAUUCCCGAUGAGACUGUUAUCUUUACAAGCAAAAAACUGCCAGGUUUGGAACAUCUUCUAUUUGGUUCUAUUGUCUGUAAUAUGCAUGCUUAUAUUACAGGAUAUGUAUUACAAAGCAGACUCUUCUCUAAAAAGAUUCUCUCGGAUCUCUCAAUUGUUGGAAAAUCGCAUCAAGCAAUCCACAUUUCAAGCAGUACUACAAAAGAAUGCAACUGAUGUGAAAGACAAAGCCAUGAUGAUUCCAAAGAGAACGAGAUACCUUAUUUACAGAUGUACUGGCGGAGUCGGUGCCGUUUUUUGUAGCGGUUGGGGUAAUCGCUUAAUUGGCAUCCAGUCGACGUAUUUUUUAGCAAAGGCAACAGAGAGGACAUUCGGCAUUAUCAUGACACACCCUUGUGCACUAACCGAAAUCUUUACGCCAAACGAGUAUAACUGGGAUUUUUCACUGUCCAUGUUUCAGAAUAUGUCUUCGAUCUAUCUAAGUUUGCGGGACAAGAAAGACUUCACAUACGGUUUAACAACACUGGACUUCAAUGCCAAAUAUCCGCAAGAUGUAGUUUAUAUUGUUACUAACCAUAACUAUCUUUCCCAACUCCAAAGUAAUAAAUUAUAUAAGGACAAAGUCCCUUCUAAAUCUAAUGGUGCCUUGUUCACGAAAGUAUAUCAAUCUUUGUUUAAACUGCGUCCAAGCGUUCAGGAAGAACUAGAUUCUUUUCUGAGAAAAGCCAAACCAAAUCCCAAAACGAAUCUAACUUGUGCUCAAAUAAGAGUCGGUAAGAACCCUAGUGUGAGAUGGGAUAGUCGGGGUACUAUGUCAGAUAAAAGUUUAAACAAGAUAUGGGAAUUUUUAAAUGAAACACAAACUGAUUCUAAUAUUUUUGUGACCACAGAUUCAGAAAAAGUGCGACAAUUGGCAAAAACUUAUUAUGGCAAAAGAAUUUUCGACACAGAAGGACCUAUUAUGCAUUUAGAUAAACCUUAUGGAGUAAGAAAAUUAUGUGGGGGUUUGCGUAAGUUAAUUCUCGACCAAUAUAUCCUUGUGAUAUGUGAUAAAUUGAUCGUUAGCCCAAGUUCUUUUACCCGUAUGCCUCUCAUGAUGCGUGGGACCAAAAACUGUUUUACGCUUAAAGGUGAUGUGAUAAAACAAAUAUAAUAGAAUGAUUAUAGGUGAAUUCGCGGAUCUUUUUGGUUUGACGGGCAACACUUGUUUUCUUAACGAAACACUUUCAAACUUGGGAUACUGGUAGAAUGUGUCAUAUAAAACAUCUUAACAAAAAUUAGUUCUUAAUAAGUGAUUUCAUGUUAAAGUUGUCGUAUUUGUGUAAUUUCAACCAAUCACUGACGUCUAUUGAGGUGAAAACAAUUACUACAAAAACACUACAUAAAACAUUAAUGAAAAAUGUUGCCCUUCAAACCAAAAAGAUCCGAAUUCGCUAUCAUCAAUUCACCGUGAGGAAAGUUCGCUGAGAAAAUAUAUCCAUGGUAUCUCACCAUUAAUAGUUUAAAACUAUCUUAUUGACAAACGAAACGAUGAAUUAAUGAUAUGCCACUUAAUUUGUUGCCGGAGACCACUCGAAAAGUGAAAACUCGUAAAUCAGAACAAUAAUUUCCCAUAAUAGCAAUGUUAUAAACCGUAAUUCGUUUCCAGAAAAAUAUUUUACCCAUAAAAUUUAUAAUACCCGUAAAUAAAUGGGUAUAAAACAACAGCAGAAUGUAAAGAAUAUUUUAUGUAAUGUAAAAAGAAUGUUAAAAUCAUUUCUAAUAAAAAAAACUAUUUUUACUAUAA